AUGGCUGUCGCCGAUAAGGAACUGGUUCCCGAGAUUACUGGCAAAACCAAGAACCAGAAGAAGAGCGACAAUAGCGUUAACAAUCAGACCUACAAGUAUAUAAACAAGAUUAAAAACCCUAAGUCCAACAACAAUAAGGCCAUCUUCACCACCUACGUGGAUUAUCACUGGGAGAGCGACUUCUGGAUCUACAAGCUUGACAAGCACCAGGAGUUCCUAGAGCAGUGCAAGGCUAACAGCGCGCUGUACAGCACCAAGUUCAAGCGUUAUACCACCGCGACCAAUGACUGUCUCUUUGCACUCAAUCCCAAGACGUUUGCCUGUAUUAUUAAUAAAGAUCUUAUAAAGGGUGAGAUGGCCUACAAUGUGCUUGGGACUAUUCUCGGUAUUAUCUAG